AUGACAAGGACUGUAGUCCGUCAGGUCCGCCGGCGCAAAUACUCAUAUCCCAACGAACGCAUCCCACCUGGCGUGGAAGAAGUAAUCUCGCGUGGCUCCUGCCAUAUCGGGAAGCUGAACGACACAAUGGUCCUGAAAUAUGCCUCCGACUUCAACGACCCAGGCUACCUGAUAAGCAUCAAAGUUGAAAACCGCAUCCUGAAUAUCCUAGGCGCACACCCCCGAAUCGUCGAAUCCAAGGGCCUCGCCGAAGACGGUCUCAUCCUGAAAUACUACCCCAAUGGCACGCUCCGCACCUACAUCAAGAACCACCCCUACGAGACCCUCGAGCGCCGCCUCGAAUGGUGCAAGCAGCUUGUUGACACGCUCUCGUACGUGCACUUCAAGCGCGUCAUCCACUGCGAUAUCUGUCUGCACAAUAUCCUCCUCGACGAGAAUUACGAUAUCAUCCUCGCCGACUUCCAGGGUCUGCUUAUGUCGAGUACUACCGGUAUGCCCCUGCUCGAUGGAUUAACGCGUGAGUGUGCCAAGUCGUACAUGCCGAGGGAUAAUGUUUAUUUUGCGAAUGUUCGUACUGAUCUCUUUGCUGUCGGAUCGGCGAUCUAUCAUCUUAUUUCUGGACAUGAGAUUUUUCCUGAAUUGGAUAGCUUUGAUGAUGAGAAGGUUAUCAAUUCCCGGUUUAUGAAUGGGGAGUUUCCGAAUAAUGACUAUGUUGCUAGUCAUAUUGUGGAGAGGUGUUGGAGAGGGGAGUAUGAGUCUGCUGCUGAGAUUUCGGUUGAUAUUGCUCAGGUUCAGGCUACUACGAAGGCUGUUGGGGAGGCUUUGAAGCAGGAGGAGGCUUUGAGGCAAGAGGAGGCCUUGAAGCUGGAGGACGAAGACGCGGAGUACGAGGAGGAGUUGUAA